UCCUUCAAACAAGAUGAAGUUUGUACUUUGGAUUAUUGUAAUUUUUGCUGUGGCGUCAGCUAAAGCUGAUGAUUCUGAAAAAACAAAAAAGGAGAAAAGAGGAGUGACACUAUUUGGUGGUCCAGGAUUUGAUACUGUUGGAGUUCUUCCGGUUUUUGGUUCACCAUGGAUUUCAGGUAUAGGUUCAGUGUGGCCUGCUCAAAUAUCAUCAGAUGUUGCUUUAAGUCAAAUUCAAGCUCAAGCAACGCAUGAUGUAGCACUUCAAGCAUUAAAGGAUCCUGCACCUGGAACUCCCAGCAUUGCUUAUCCUCCAGAAGUUAUUCGAGCAGUUCAACAAGCAAAGGACGCUAAUCAUAACGUUCUUGUAGCUCAACAUCGAGUUGCAGAGGCAAAACAAGCUGCAAUUAUUCAACAAAAAAUUGCUUUAGCGAAAGAGGCAUCUGCAAGAGAAGCAGCACAAAGAUCUGAAGCUAUUGCAGCUCAAGCUCAAGCAGAAGCUCGAGCAAGUGCUCAGCAACUUGUAGCUCUUCAACAGCGAUUAGCUACUUUAAAAGACGUCGUCGCAGCUGCUCAGAGGGUCGCUGCAGCUCGAGAAGCUGCUGCAGCUGCAGCCAUUCAAAAAAAUGCUUCCGACACAGCAGCGGAAUUACGAAAACAAGAAGUAGAUAAACAGAUCUCUCAAAGUGAAAAAGAUGCUAAAAUUCGAGAUAUAGUGGCUGCUAAAGAAAAUGCGAUAGCUAAUGCUGUUCAUCAUGCUGCUGCUUCAAAACCUGUGGCUUAUCAACCUUGGGGAUAAUUCUGAUUCAAUGAAUUUAUAUCAAUAUAAUUAGUACUUGAUAAAAUUAGAAAUAGAAAAAAUGAUAAUUGG